UUAUUGAAAUAAAUUGAAAAAUGGAAAUGGGAAGCUAAAUUUAGCUUUUUAUAGGGUUGGAGUGAAAAGUGGGUUUGGGGAGCUAAAAAGCCAUAUUUGGCCAUUUGGGGAGCUAAAUUCCCCAUUCAGGGUCGGAGUUAGUCUUAGACCGGCAGACGCUCUCCUAGUCGACUAGAUAGCUCUUUCUCUUGUUCUGUAACAUUCGAAUUAUAAUUGAUGAUUGAUAUCCCAAAGUCGUCCUCUUUUAUGACUUGUCAGUGAGUCUGGAAUCUCUUUUCCUAGUCCCACAAAAAUAGCCACUAAAGGGAAAAGGCGGUGAUUAUUAUGGGCGUUGGCUGUUCUUCUCUCGCCCUCCCUCACCCUCCCACUGCUAAUAUUCCCCUUUCCUCAAUCACUUUCCAUAUCACAUCAGCACAUUCGAACGCAAGCUCACAUUACCUCCCAAUAAAUUGGCUCCGCAGAGCUCCUCUCCAGAAACCUACAAAAUCCCCCUUUUCCAAACAGCUUUUCAUGCUCGAUUCUGCUCCAAAGACUCCAACUUUGAAGUGCGGAAGAGCUGCCCAGAUGGAGACUGAAGGUGGAAGUGAUUCUAAACCUAUGUUGGAUUUGCACAGUCUAGAUGAUGAUUUGGUCCAAAAGAUGGUCUACGAUGCCCUUGUUUGGAGCUCUCUCCAUGGCCUAGUUGUUGGUGACAGAAACGUCCAGAGAUCGGGAACGGUACCUGGAGUUGGAAUGGUGCACGCUCCUUUUGCAUUGUUGCCAACAGCAUUCCCAGAAAAUCAAUGGAAGGUAGCGUCUGAAGUGGCACCGAUUUUCAAUGAACUCGUUGAUCGUGUGAGUUUGGAUGGGAAGUUCUUGCAGGAGUCAUUAUCAAGAACUAAGAAAGUUGAUGCUUUUACUUCAAGGCUUCUAGACAUCCAUUCAAAGAUGCUGGAAAUUAACAAGAAAGAGGAGAUACGAUUGGGUUUGCACCGUUCAGAUUACAUGCUAGAUGAACAAACUAAGCUUCUGCUUCAAAUAGAACUAAACACGAUCUCUACAUCAUUCCCUGGUCUCAGUUCUAUGGUUAGUGAGCUUCAGAGGAGCUUGCUGAGGAAUUAUGGGGAGCACCUUGGAUGCGAUUUUAACCGAAUACCAUCUAAUGACGCUGCUGAUCGGUUCUCAGAGGCACUAGUCAAAGCUUGGAUUGAAUAUGAUAACCCGAAGGCUGUAAUCAUGAUUGUUGUUCAACCUGAAGAACGCAACAUGUAUGACCAACAUUGGCUCUCUUUCACCCUCAAGGAAAUAUAUCCUUUUAUGCUGUUCUUGAUACAACCAUAACUCUGAAGAACUUUUGGAAUUCGGAUACUUCUUUGUAGAAAAUAAUGUGGUUUCUUGGAGACCAUAUCCAGAAUUUCUUCCUUAGCCUUUUAACACACAUAAUGUUACAAUGAUCCGGAAGACAAUGGCAGAAAUUGACAAAGAAGGGGAAAUUCAGCCUGAUGGAACACUACUUGUGUAUGUUACAGUCUUUCCAUGCAAAUUUGUUAUUCUGAUGUUUUUUUCGUCCUCUGUUGAUUCUGUUUCUGUGUGGUAGUUUCUUAUGUCUGCAAAAUGUGUAAAUGCAGGGGAGGCCAUGCGAUAGCCGUCAUAUACUUUAGAGCUGGUUAUGCACCAACUGAUUAUCCUUCAGAAGCAGUAAGCAUUUCUUUUGUUUAUGUGAUGGAAUUAAGUGUUUGAAUAUGAGGAAUGCUCUCGAUGGAGGAAAGGGAGAGAAAGUUUAAACACCCUGAUCCUGAACGGGAGAAAUUAUGAGGCCGAUACAUAAAAUUCCAUCAUACUU